GGAUGGUGCUUUGGGUUGGGCCGUGCUGAUGGGUGGUGGAUGGGUGCACUGUUGGGAAUGUGAGGAACGGGAGAUCUUCUUCUGCGGGUGUUUUAUGAGGUCGUUUUGCAGGUUGAUGAAUGGGAAGGGAAGAUGAGUGCAAAAGGGGAUCACAUGACCCGACACGUGAUGACCCCAGAUCUCGGAUCUGCCAAGAAUUUGGACACUGUUUAAGCCUGAAAAGUUGGGAAUGAACAAAACCCCGGCUUGUCCCGCUCGUUGCAAAAGGUGGGAUGUUCGAAAACGCCCGGACCAAUUUCCAAUUGGAAAGAAGCUUGGACCCAAAAAAAUUGUUGGACGUUCGGUUGCUCGUUCGUCUGUUUCGAGAGGUGUGUGAGUGAGCGAGCGAGCGAGCGAGCUUCUUCCCGGCCGAUAAUUUCAAGACUUUUUCUAAACGGUCGGCAGUUGAACCUUUUCGGGUGUAAUUCAAAAGGGGGAACCUACAGACGACGCCAGAGUUACAGUAGCGACCGCCGAAGCUCUCUCCCUCCGGGGACAGCGACAUCCUUUCCCACCCCGCCGUAAACCACCCCCCCGCCGUGGGACAUACACAUAUAACGACGGAAGCUAUGAGUGUGGCAGCUCGCCCAGCAGCCAGGAGGCUCGCCUCCUCGGUUGGCUUCCUCUCGACGACAGCCCCGACGACAACCACUUCCACAACCUCGUCCUCGUCCUCUCGAACACCACCACAAUCCCGCCCCUUCUCCUCCACCCCCGCCCCCCAAGCCCGUAAGCACCGCUUCCGCAGCAUCACCGCCCACGAAAUGGGCCUCAUCAAAAAGAACCCCGCCGCCGUCCCAGACGAGGAAAUAGAAAAGCUCCGCGCCAAGUCCCGAUUCCGCCCCCUCACCUCGCGCGACCUGGGCGUGCCCGAAAAACGCGACCCCCUGGCCUCCCAGGAGAGCCUCGACGAGUUCACGGCGGAAACCUUCACAAAGUACACCCCCGCCGAAAAAGCCGAGCUCGCCAGGAUGUACACCCCCGAGCAAAUUGCCGCCCUCGAGGCCGGCGAAGCGACCAUCAACCCGAGGGAUCUCACCAUUCAGGGGAGGCUGAGAACCGACAUCUACCGCAUGCCGUAUAUUGACGACUUUGCCGAGCACCAGCCCAUUAUCGACAAGCGCCCCCCCGCCUCCCGCAGCAGGAAGAUCUCCCCCCCCGACCCGAACGCGAGGUUCAUGAACACGGAUGAGUUUGUUAGUGAUUUGAUCCAGUGGGCGGACAAGUUUCGUGUUGGGGAGCCGACGGGGACGUUGAGGAGACUGGAGGACUUUGUUCCGGAGGAGUGGAAAAAGGUCAAGGAGGGACAGUGGCCUGGGGAGGUGAGGGAUGAUGCUCACAAGGAGUUUAAAAAGUAUCUGCAGGAGGAGAUCAACAAGGCGGCCAAGCAGCAGGAGAAUGGGGGGGUUGUGAGCGGUGGGCCGACGGAUGCGGAUGUGCUGAGCUAUAUCAUUGAGCGGUCGGUCAUGACGGACAAGAAUAUCCAGACUCAAAGCUCGCUCGCGCUGGCGUUGCCGGAUAAGGUGCCUGGUGUGGCGGGGUUGUACAAGGCGGCGGUUGACCCGGCGGAUGAGGGGUUGGACGAGACGGGUAUCUACCAGGAUUUGAAGAGGAGGAGCGGGAUGAGUGUGCAGGAGAUUCUGGCGCUGCAGUGCAAGACGUUGGUGGUGAAUUAUGUGAGCAACCAGACGAGGAUGGGCAAGAUUCAGAGCACGGUCACGAUUGUGGUUGCGGGCAACGGGGACGGGUGGGUGGGGUUGGGGUAUGCGAAGAGCCAGGAGCCGAUGGUGGCGGCCACGAAGGCGAGGUUGGACGCCAUCAGCAAGAUGAGGCCGGUGAGGAGGUAUGAGAAUAGGACGAUUUUUGGGAACGUGGAGGCCAAGGUUUCGGGGACGGUGGUGAAGUUGUUUGCUAGGCCGCCUGGGUUCGGUCUGAGAGUCCAGCACCGCAUUUUCGAAAUCUGCCGCGCGGCGGGUAUUUAUGAUCUGUCGGCUCGCGUCCCCCGGUCUCGCAACCCGAUGAACACGGUCAAGGCCACGUUUGAGGCGCUGUUUAACCAAAAGGACCCCGAGGAGAUCGCCAUGGGACGGGGGAGGAAGCUGGUGGAUGUGAGAAAGGUGUAUUAUGGCGGUGCUACUCAGUAAAUCUUGAAACAAAACUUCUCCUGUGCAUAUAAAAGAACUUUAGAGGGGGGGGUGGUAGUGUGUAAGAAAAGGAUGGUAGACAUUGUACAAUUGUAUAAAAACAUGUUUGAUUCAAGUAAAGGAAAUGUAAAAGGAAG